AUGACGCGGGGGGCAGAGCCAGCCAAGGUGUACGCCCUUUCCGGCGCAGGAGCUCCGAGCGACUCAGCAUCCGCCAAUACCUCCUCUCUGCCCGACAUCCUUCGCCGCCACGGACGCUCAAACAAGCGUACAAAACGCAAGGCCACGUCCAAGUCUUCCGCCUCCAUCAAUGCUCAGCUCGACCGGAUAGAGCUCAUCCAAGAUUACGAAUUCCCCGAAGCCUCCAAUAAGAUCAAGAGCACAAGGGAUGGCAGCAGUCUCGUUGCGACUGGGACAUACAAGCCUCAUAUCAGGGUGUGGGAGCUGGACCAGUUGAGCUUGAAGUUUGAGAGGCAUACGAAUAGCGAGAAUAUCGACUUUGUGCUACUAUCCGAUGAUUGGACGAAACAGCUCCAUCUGCAGACAGAUAGGACGCUCGAGCUCCACGCUCAGGGUGGACAUCACACACGAGUCCGGAUACCCAAAUUCGGAAGAGCAUUAGCGUAUCACUUUCCUUCCGCAGAAGCUCUAGUGGGAGCCGCCGGAAGCGAAGUCUACCGCCUCAAUCUAGACUAUGGCAGAUUCAUGGCUCCCUACCAACUAGGUCAAGGCACUGGACAGGGUGAGGUCACUGGCUGCAACGCUGUGGACGUCAAUCCCGCGCAUGGGCUUUUAGCUUUUGGAACCGAGGGGGCGGGUGUGGUGGAACUGUGGGAUCAGAGAGCCAGGCGGAGAGCAGGAGCUUUGAGCAUCACCACGCCAGUGGUCAUGGAUGCCGCCCUGUCAGCAGCAAGGCGCGGCUUGCCAGGCUUGAUUCUGCCUGGGGAGGAUGCUAAUGAGGCAGCAGUGACGAAUGCAAUGAGCGGGCUUAGCGUCUCAGCAUUGAGCUCAGCGCAGGAUGGUUUGAAUCUAGCGGUGGGCACCUCGACAGGACACGUCCUUCUCUACGACUUGCGGAUGGACCGGCCCUAUACCACCAAGGAUCAAGGAUUCAGCUUGCCUAUCAAGAGUCUGUCAUGGCCGGGUGACGCACCUCCUGCCACCAACUUCUCAACAACCUCCUCUCAGGCACAUCGAGCUGCCUCUUCUGAAGCUCGUGACACAGUCCUCUCUGCCGAUUCGAAGGGUAUCAAGGUCUGGUCGAAGACCGAUCCUACAUCUAAUUUGGUAUCGAUCUCGCCUCAAUCGGGCUGUGAUCUCAACGAUGUCCAUCACCUGCCAGGCUCAGGUCUGCUCUUCGCAGCUGUAGAAGGCACACAGUGCGCGGCUUGGUACGUCCCUACACUGGGUCCAGCACCCAAGUGGUGCUCUUUCCUGGACCGUGUCACUGACGAGAUCGACGAGGAGCAAAUGUCCGGCGGCAAGCGUGGUGUCUAUGAAGACUUUAAAUUCUUGGACCGACCCGAAUUGGACAGGCUCAACAUGUCCCACCUCAUCGGCAGCAACGUUCUGCGUCCUUACAUGCACGGAUACUUUGUUGCACUUCCUCUCUACGAGCGUGCACGCUUGCUCGCUAAUCCCUCAUCCUUUGAAGACGCUCGGGAGAAGGCCAUCAAGGCGAAGCUGGAGAAGAAGGCCGAGUCAAGGAUCAGGAGCAGUGGUGCUAAGAAGGCCCUCGAGGGCUUCAACGCCAAAGUGCAAGUCAACAAGGACCUGGCAGAGAAGGCCGCUCGGGAGCAAGACAGGGAAGAGCAGAGGCAAUUGGCCCUGGCCGCUACUGCUGCUGAAGCCGGUGACGGAGCGGCUGCAGGUGAGGCAGCCCCAAGGACUAAGAAGCCCAGCAAGGCUUCCCUACUUGGCGAUGAUCGAUUCAAGGAGCUCUUCACCAACCCAGAAUUCCAGGUGGAUCAGACUUCGCGCGACUCGGCUGCCGUCACUGCUGCGCGAAACAAUCCUGCUAGCAAGAGGCGUACAGCGGUGGAAGAGGAAGAGGAUGAGAGCGAUCGGGAAUCCUUGGACCCUGAUCAGGAGGAGGAUCGAGAGCGUGAGCAAGAGCUACAGCGCAGGGAGCAGCCUGAGGCAGAGAGUGAUUCCGACGAGGGUGAUCUCUCGCAGUACGACCCGCGCAACCAUGCUCCGGGCACAAAGAGGAGACAUCUCGAGAAGGCGGCGAAGCUGCAAGCUCAAGCAAGGAAGAAGGGUCGCGGUGCUAGAUUGGCGUGCUCGAGGAGGCGCCAAGGUACCAAGCACUUUCGAAGGCAGGAUCAAAGCGGCAGACCGAGCCGCCCGAAGAAGCCUUCCUCUUCUUCUCGAGGCGGCGUUGAAGACGAUGACGACGAGGCUGGUGGUGCGCACAGCAUGACUUUCAUCCCUUCUUCAGCCCCUGAUGAGGAUUCCACGUUAGCUGGACACGACUACACACAUCAAGAUGCGAAGCGCGCUGAGCGUCAAAAGCGAGAGCGAUCCUUUGGUGCUGGACUUAGCAAGGGAAGUGAGGCAAUGGACCUUGAAUCUCUUGGCGAGGAGGAUCGUAGUGGUAGGAAAAAGAGGAGAGAUGUAAGUAGGAGCGCUAGUAAGAAUGUCAUGAGGAGAUGA